UAAAUAAUUAUGGUAAUGACCCACAUGUAUGACUUAAUUUAGCACUUACUUGAGUUAAAUGUAUUAGAAAAAUACAAUUUGCAUGCAAACUGUUACUAGUCUAGAGGAUUGUACUACGUUUUUUUGUCCAGCUAUUACAACACAAGGAGUUUGUUAUUCUAAUACUUGAAUAACUAGAAGUAUGUAAUAAGAAGAAGCACUAUAUAAUCGACACUCUAUAAACAGACCCAAUAUAGGCUAAGAUGGAAAGCUAGUUUUUCAACUGCGAAUGAUUUCCGUGGAGUGAGCCAGACCAACUUACCCUUUUCCAUUGCCAACUCAGUUAGCCAUCAUCUAUGCUGCUGCCGCUGCUGCUGUGGGGCUUUUGUUCGCCGGGCCCCCUCACCGCUCCGCUGCUUUUUCACUUUCGUUGGCACAGCUUUUGUUGUUGGCGCGGGGGCAUGCCACAACGCUGUCGACGCCAACUGAGGCUGAAGCUGAUGCUGCGGCGACGGCGCUGUAAACGAAACAGUAAACGGUAAAUGUUUGCUGGCAAACCCGAGCAGAGCACAGUUGCAUUUUGGCGCUCGUCCCCAGCGAUUCGCACUCGCACCUGGCGCCAAAUUUACAUUCAAACCCCAAUACCUGCCGCGCAUGCGCACGCGCUAAACGGAAAGCAAAAGCGGAGACUACGAAAAAGAAAAGCAAGCUUAAGUGACCGUUAUUAUAAAUAAGAGCCGUAGGCCGGGCCAGCCAGCCAGCAUCUCAGCCAAGUGGUUAUAUAAUCGAGAGUGGACCGGAGAUCGCAGACCGGAGACCGGAGCUUCUGGUUGGAGCUACGAACAUAAACAUUAACUAAAACGUAAACUUAAACUCCAAUUCGAGCUUCUGCGCACAUUUCGCGAUGUCGACGCCGCCCAUCCAGCGGACUAAUUAGUGCGCAGCCGUGGAAAGAAACCCAAAUUAAGGCUGGGAGACCUCGUAAAUUAUAAUACUCGAGUCCGGACUACAGAAAAAAAGCAGACAAAUUAAAUAGCUCUUGGCCCAAAGUCGCGAUUCCACCUCUGUUCCCAGUUCCCAGUCCCCGGAAAACCCUCCGUUUCGCUUAUUUGACAGUCGGCGUGAAAGUGAAAAGCAUCUGGGCGCACCGGCGGCAGCAGGACACAGAUACAGCAUCGAAGAUACAAAGAUACAUAGAUACGGCCUGCUGUGGGUCAGUCAUGCGCGCGAUGAGCAGCUGAGCGGUUGAAAUGCGCCAGCUGCCCGAGGAGCGGUCACCAAGAUGAUGAAGCCAUCACGGCCACAAAUAGCCAACACUUUGACCUUGAGUUGGCUGAGCCUGCUGCUUCUCCUGCCCACUUCCAGACAAUUUGAAACGGACUGUGGCUGCCGUCCUGCCCGUCGGGGUCCCCGGAUUAUAGCCGGAGCCACCACCAAUGAAGGCCAGUUUCCUUGGCAGGCCUCGCUAGAGCUGCUGCAUCCCUCCCUAGGAUUCCUGGGGCACUGGUGUGGUGCGGUGCUCAUACACCAGUACUGGAUACUCUCAGCAGCACACUGUGUUCAUAAUGAUCUCUUUAAUCUACCCAUUCCCCCCCUUUGGACGGUAGUGCUGGGCGAGCACGAUCGCGACGUGGAAACGGGCAACGAGCAGCGCAUUCCCGUCGAGAAAAUAGUGAUGCAUCAUCGCUACCACAACUUUCGACACGAUGUGGUGCUGAUGAAGCUCUCCAAGCCGGCGAACCUCGCCAAAGCCUCCAAUAUCCGGCGCAUUUGCUUACCCUUUAUGCUGGCCGCGGAAGCCUCGGAGCCGGAACUCGCAGUUACUGCGGCCAGCGCUGACGAGGAUGUGCUGCUCCAGCAACUGGAGCUGGAGGAUGUACCCGAAAAGAUCGACAACUUCCUGCGCAGCGUUCAAAGCAGGCGACGCUAUCGAAAUGUGACGGCUCCCAGCAUGCGGGAGCUGAUGAACAUGAAGAUUCUGAACAGGAUGCGCCAGGCACUGGCACAGCGCUCUCCGCGCAGUCUGAAACGCUCCCGAAGACGCAACGACAAGCUGAUGAAGCUGGGUCCACGGACGGAUCCGGAGGACUCAGCCGAGCAGAAAAACCGAAAGGGCAACGAGGAGCCGCGGGAAAUGCCCUUCGUGGACUGCGUGGCCACCGGCUGGGGGAAGGCCAACAUAAGUGGGGAUCUCUCCAGCCAGCUGCUAAAGACUCAGGUGCCGCUGCACCAGAAUGGAAGGUGCAAGGAUGCGUACGGCAGCUUCGUCAAUAUUCACGGCGGACACCUGUGCGCUGGAAAAUUAAAUGGAGAAGGUGGCACCUGCGUGGGUGACUCCGGCGGACCUCUGCAGUGUCGACUGAACAGGGACGGCCCUUGGAUACUGGUAGGAGUGACGUCCUUCGGGUCAGGAUGUGCCCUGGAGGGCUUUCCGGACGUCUACACCCGCACCUCGUACUACAUGAAAUGGAUCGAGGACACGAUCGCCGCCCACUAAACACACUUCGCGCA